GCCUUCCACGAGCUCCAGGAGCACUGGCUGCUGGACCUGGUGACCCAGCUGGCCCUGGGGGUCUCCCUGGUGGCCCUGGGGGUCUCGGUGGCCACCUUUGGGCUGUGCCGGGCCCUGGGGGGGCUUCGGACCACCCUGCACCUGCACCUGAGCCUGAGCCUGCUGGUGGGGCAGGGAACCUUCCUGCUGGGCAUCCACGGAACCCACAACCAGGUGCUGUGCCGGGGGGUGGCGGUGCUGUUACACCUCUCUUUCCUGGCUGUUUUCUCCUGGAUGUUUUUGGAGGGGCUGUUCCUGCACACCUUGCUGGUCCGGGUCUUUCCCCCCCCGUGGCUGAGCCCGCGGUUGUUGCUGCUGGGGGUGCACGGGGGGCCCGCCCUGGUGGUCGCCGUGGCUGCCUCUGCCUUCCCGGGGGGCUACGGGACCCCCAGAUAUUGUUGGCUGUCCCUGGCCCGGGGUUCCGCUGGAGCUUCCAAGGACCCGUCAUCGUCAUCCUGGCGGUCAACGCCGUCGUCCUCGUUGUCACCGUCUGGAAGUUGGUGGAGAAAUUCCAUGAGGUGACCCCGGACAUGGGACACCUGAGGAGGGUCAGGGUGCUGGUGGUGACAGCGCUGGGCCAGCUGUGCCUGCUGGGCACGGGGUGGGCGCUGGGGGCUGGGGGGGCCUGGGCUGGGCCGGGGGG